UAUUUCAUCAGAGUGGUGCGGCCACUGUGAGAAACAUGCACAGUACUGAGUUCUCUGUCAUUGGCUGGGCGCUCUGUCCAAUGAGCAGCCUGCAAGGCUCGGGUAAAGCACAGCAGAGUACACGUGCGUCAUGUGUUCACACAGAGCAACAGAGGGGAGCGCUGACGGGCCAAUAAAAUCCCAGUAGACUCCGGGAGUUAUAUGCAAGGGACAGAAUUUACAGGCGCGCAUAGAGAAACCAACGGACCCGCCCGCCUCAAACCUAUGACUGUGAAUGAUUUUCAUAUUUAAUGCACAUAUGAUCACGCAUAACUUUAAUAGUUUUGAGUAGUUUGAGCCAUAUGCCAUCUUCUCUGCUACCUCUUAGCAACAUUAGUAGAGGAUAAUUGUACACAUGUUUCUGAUUCAUCGACAUGCGCCAGCCACAUGCCUCUGCAACCCCAUCUGCACAUUGUGGUGGCCUGUAGCACAGAGAGUAACGGCAACACGGCACCGAGAGUAACGGCGACACGGCACCGAGAGUAACGGCAACACGGCACCGAGAGUAACGGCAACACGGCACCGAGAGUUACGGCAACACGGCACCGAGAGUAACGGCGACACGGCACCGAGAGUAACGGCAACACGGCACCGAGAGUUACGGCAAUACGGCACAGAGCAGGCGAGACGCCAAGAGAGAAGUAGAGACUUGUUAUUUUCUCUUUCCCAGUCAGUUUUGUCUUGAGCAGAAGCAGCAGCGUCUCUCUAUCAGUCCAUCUGUGACAGUCGUGUUUGGCUACUCCGUUUCAUAAGCAAAAUAUUAUCUCUCCCUUCGGUUCCAAAUCCGCGGGUGUAUCUCCUCACCCUUCAGCACUUUAAAGGAGGGUUUCAGCAAAAACAAAUAUUUCAUUUUUUUUUUUUUACAUUUUCAGGAGAAACAAUGUUUUCUCUCCUUAGUGUUUUAUCAACCAAUCAACCAAUCAUGAUUCACAACUACAGUCACACUAGUCCCACCUAAUCAACUGGAAAAUAUAAUUUUCUAUAAUUAUCUUACAUUACACUUGGUGAGAGAGCUUUAUCUCAACCAAGCCUAACCAGCCUCUUCCUAACCUAUUAUGAGUUAUGACAACUCAAACUCCGCCCCUGGCAAUGACACUCGGGGGCGAGUGGGAAGCACCAAUGAAGAAGAGGAGGAGGCGGGAACAGGAGUGAGCUCCCCCGGGAGCAACAACAACAGUGGCAGCCAAUCCGGCUCCGGUGGCUCGUCCGGAAGGGACCAGAGGGGUCCCAGCUCAGAUGACGGGGACACUUUAUCCAGCGGGAACGACUCCGGGGAGAGGGACCCGAGUGAAGGAGGGAGCGGGUCCAGGGGACAUCAGUCCAGGAGUUCCCACUGCUCCUCGAGCCAGAAGGACUCGGGCAUGAUGCUGGAGAACACAGAGAGCAACAAGAGCUCUAACUCCCAGUCCCAGAGCCUGUCUCCCCCUAGCAGUUCCCUGGCCUACAGCCUGCUGUCAGCCAGCUCAGAGCAGGACCCUCCUUCCACCUCCGGCUGCAGCAGCAAUGAGCAGCACCAGACGGCCCGUGUCCAGACCCAGAAGGAGAUGCUGAAAGCCCUGAAGGAGCUCAAGGUCCGCCUGCCGGCCGAGUGCAAGGGCAAAGGUCGCUCCAGCACCCUGGAUGCCCUCAAGUACGCCCUGAACUGUGUGAAGCAGGUACGGGCCAACCAGGAGUACUACCACCAGUGGAGUGUGGAGGAGUGCCACAGCUGCAGCCUGGAUCUGUCCUCAUACACCGUUGAGGAGCUGGACAACAUCACCUCCGAGUACACCCUAAAAAACACAGACACCUUCUCCAUGGCGGUGUCCUUCCUGACAGGCAAGGUGGUGUACAUCUCCCCCCAGGGCUCGUCCCUGCUGCGCUGCAAGCCAGAGAGGCUCCAUGGGGCCAUCUUCUCUGAGCUGCUGGCUCCCCAAGACGUCAGCACCUUCUACAGCAGCACGGCCCCCUGCCGCCUGCCCCCCUGGGCCACCUGCAUGGGCUCUGUCUCCCCACCGACAGACUGCACCCAGGAGAAGUUAAUGUACUGUCGCAUCAGCGCCGACCGGGCACAGGGAGGUGAGAUGAAAUACCACCCCUUCCGCAUGACCCCCUACCAGCUAACCCUGAGGGACUUUGACACGUCAGACCCCCAGCCCUGCUGUCUGCUCAUCGCUGAGCGGGUACACUCCGGAUACGAAGCUCCCAGGAUCCCUGCGGACAAGAGGAUUUUUUCCACCAGUCAUACUCCCAGCUGUCUCUUCCAGGAAGUAGAUGAAAGGGCUGUGCCGUUGCUGGGAUACCUCCCCCAGGACCUGGUGGGAACCCCUGUGCUUCUCUACCUCCACCCAGAGGACAGACCCAUCAUGGUGGCCAUACACAGGAAGAUCCUCCAGUCUGCGGGCCAGCCCUUCGACAGCUCUCCGCUGAGGAUGUGUGCCCGCAGCGGGGAGUACGUGACCAUCGACACCAGCUGGUCCUCCUUCAUCAACCCCUGGAGCAGGAAGGUGGCCUUCAUCGUGGGGCGCCACAAAGUUCGAACCAGCCCCCUGAACGAGGACGUGUUCACCCCUCUGCGGGGGUGCGAGGGCCGGCCCGUGGCCCCGGAGGUCGUGCAGCUGAGCGAGCAGAUCCACCGUCUCCUGGUGCAGCCGGUGCACAGCUGUGGGUCGCAGGGUUACAGCAGCCUGGGCUCAAAUGGAUCACACUCCCAUGAGCAGCGGUACCGCAGCGCCGCGUCCGACAGCAAGUCCACCAACGCCAUGGAGGCCAUGGAAGCAGCCGUGGUCGCCCUGCACAAACCGAUGACGUUCCAGCAGAUCUGCAAGAACGUGCACAUGGUCAAGACCAGCGGGCAGCAGGUCUUCAUCGACUCUCGCAACCGAGCCCCGCCCCGGCGACACGCCGUAACCACGCUACGAGCCAUUGGAGAAGUGGACCCCAUCAAGAGUCUGAUCCCGGAGGUGGUGUGCCCACCCAAAACCCCGGUGCCCAACACCCAGCAGCUGGUGAAGGAGCCCCCCGGUGACUACAGCUACCAACAGAUCAACAGUCUGGACAGCAUCAUAAGGUACUUGGACGGCUGUAACGUUCCCAACACGGUUAAGAGGAAGUUUGGCUCGUCCUCUGGCCCGUCCACAUCGGACGAAGACAUACAGCAGCAGGCAACCGCUGGCAACGCAAAAGGUGGUCCAGCGACUACAGUCACCUUGGUUGGGGACUCAGCGGGGGUACCCCCACUGGCCUUGCGCAGCCACAAGGCGGAGAGCGUAGCCUCAGUCAACUCUCAGUGCAGCUUCAGCAGUACCAUCGUCCACGUGGGAGACAAGAAGCCCCCCGAGUCAGACGUUGUCAUGGAAGGUGCUCCUCCCACUCCUAUGCCAGCCACUUCCACGACCAAGUCUCCUCCCACCGCCAUCAUCGCCCCUCCCCCGCCCAAAACGACCUCUCCACCCAGCCGGAGAGGAGUUGGCCUGACCAAGGAGGUGCUCUCUGCCCACACGCAGCAGGAGGAGCAGGCCUUCCUCUGUCGCUUCAGUGACCUGAGCCAGCUGAGGGUGUUCGAGCCAGCCUCGGGCCUGCGCUGCCCGCUCCCCACCGGCAACACCCGCGCCAGAGGAGUGCAUUGUUCUCCUGACUACCCUGCAGCUGGAGGAAGCAGUGGCCGCCGUGGAGCCAAGAGGCUGAAGCAGCAGGAGUCCUCAGAACAGAGGGGCCCUCUGGCUCUGGGCCUGACCGGACCCCUCAGGGGCCCCAACGUCGGCCCCAGGAACUCCACCUACACCCUCCCAAUGAUGCCCCUGGGGCCUCCCACCACCACCUCCUCCUCCUGGCCCGCCUCCGUGGGAUCUCAGGCCAGCCUGCCUUCCGUGCCCUACCUCCCGGGCACGCUCCCCCUCUACCCCAUCUACCCUCCUCUCUCCCAGCCCAUGCAGAACCAGAUGGUACCUCCUAUGAUGACCCUGGUGCUGCCCAACUACAUGUUCCCACAGCUCAACCCCAACAUGCCCCAGAUGGCCACAGCCAUGAACACGAUGGGAUGCCCCAUGCCCCAGCCGGGAGCCAGCAUGGUUACCCCCGGCCCACAGCAAUUCUUCAACCCCAGCGCGGGUUUCCCCUUCCCCGGUACCAACGCCACGCCAUGCCCCAUGCCUACGAUGCCCUCAAUGCUCUCACUCGUGCAAACCGCCGUGCCCAUCCAGGCCCAACGGCCAGCCUCUCGCCCCAGCACCCCCCAGUCAUGUAGUCAAGUACCGGCCGACCGUGAGGGUGCAGAGUCACCCCUCUUCCACUCUCGCUGCUCCUCCCCGCUCAACCUGCUGCAGCUGGUAGAGGAGUCGCCCAGCAACCGGUUGGAGGUCGCCACGGCGCUGGCUGCUGCCGCGCAACAGGCCACGCCUCCCGCACAAGGGACUCGGGGGAGAUCGGCAGAUAACUCCAAGGAGAACGCCAAUUCCAACCAGGAUGCUGAGUCCACCUCCAGUGGCCUACUGGACCUGCUCCUGCAGGAGGACUCCCGCUCAGGCACCGGGUCCUCUGGCUCUGGGUUAGGGUCUUCUGGAUCCGGAUCUGGGUCCUUGGGCACUGGGUCCAACGGCUGCAGCUCCUCAGGCAGUGGAACUAGUCGCAGUCGGAGUAGCCACACCAGCAAGUACUUCGGCAGCAUCGACUCGUCAGAGAACGAGCACUCCCGCAGGCAGCCAGCAGGUGGCAGCAGAACAGGGGGAGACGGAGAAGAGCAGUUCAUCAGGUGUGUCCUGCAGGACCCCAUCUGGCUCCUCAUGGCCAACACUGACCGCAAGGUGAUGAUGACCUACCAGCUGCCCACCAAGGACAGGGAGACGGUUCUGCGGCAGGACCGCGAGGCCCUGAGGGCCAUGCACAAACACCAGCCCCGCUUCAGUGAGGACCAGAAGAGGGAACUGAGCCAGGUCCACCCCUGGAUAUGCACCGGUCGCCUUCCCCGCGCCAUCAACACCUCGGCAUGUGUGGGGUGCAAGUCUCCCCCCGCCAUCGCAGCCGCCGCCCCGUUUGACAUGGAGAUCCGCGACAUGGAGCAGUGCACCGCUACUCAGGAGAAGGCCCCUUUACCAGAGACCGCCAUGGACCAGGGAGGAGAGGCUCACAGAGAGGAGCGGGAGGGGCAUGCGGCGCACUCCGAAACGCAAGGCAACGUCCAGGAAAUGACAACAGAGGAGCAGGAAGUGACCUCGCCAACGGAGGAGGAGAAAGCGAGGGCUGGCGAAACCGACAUGACCCACUGAAGGGUUGAGAAUAGCUCAAGAACACAAAUUUGUUGUGACUUUUCCUUCCAACUGACAGACGCCACGCUAAGAGAUGCAAAUUCCAGGCCCAAAUGUCCAACGCUAAUCCGAGAGACUCAAGACUUUUGUUCACAGGCGGUUGCGAGUAAUCAAAGUGCAUUCUUUUCAUAUUAUCUGGGACUACUGCCAUGUCAGUGUCCCUAUUAGCUGGUGGUCAGAUCAUUUGGGACUCUGGGUCCAAUCAGUCACUGCACUUUGUGGAUCCCAUCACCAGUGUGACUGUGGUUGUGACCGAGGCCGUCAUCAUGACAGAAAGCCUUGGAAGCACGGGGGACACAGCACACCGUUUGAAUCAGCGUACCGUUGUAUUGUACACACCGAUAUAUAUUUUUCCUUGUGUAUUUAUUGAACAUGUUAAUUUAAUAAGAAACGCUAAAGUUGAAGGUGGAGAGGUAUGAAUGUGUUACUAAAUGGAUUGUAUUUCACACGAAGUCCACUCCCGUUUUGGGAUAGAAUGGUUUCUCCUAAUUCCUGUUGGGAGGAUUCAUUUCACAGAGAGAGGGAGGGAGUUUAGCGGCUAGACCCCUUGGUUAUUUUUCUCUGUUGGAAGGUUUUCGCUGAUAACCUGGGAUUGUUGUAAAUUGAUUUGUUUUCUGCAUAAUUUUUCCCAAACAAACUUUUGGAAAUUGUUAUUUUUUCAGGUUUACUUUAUUUUGUAAGCAGUAUGUAUAUUUUUAUAUUUUAUAUCACUGUCAAUUCUGUUCCGAGAAGAAAUUGAAAUUGUCUGUGUUUGUGACGUGUUUGGUCAAAAAACAAAACAUUUAGGAAAUCAAAGUACCCUCUGAUUUCAAGGGAGUAGAUAUGGGUGUUUCCGUGGUAACACAAUCCAAUGCGGUGUCACUCUGGACAACGGAGUGACAGUUGAACAUCUGGGACCGCUGUCGCCAUUCCUGAUUGGCUGGGCAUUAUGGUCACCCUGCAGUGAAACGGUCCAUGAAACUUUUGCUGCAAACCUUUUCCUCUGAAAACAGUCCAGGAUACUGAACAAGGUAAAAGCUUCCAUAACAACAAAGAGAACAGACUUUUGAUUGGAGGCAUCUAUCACAAGGAUUCGGAAUACUGAAAACCAGUUUGAACAACACUUCAAGUUUGAACAACACUUCAGAACAUUGUUCAGCUCUGAGAGUUUUUAGAGAAUAUAUUUGUUUGACUGUCUCUCCUCUCCUCACUGUACUAGUGAUGUGAUAUUCAGCUUAAUUUCCUAAUUAUUAUUUUGUGAAUUUGUAUAAAAAAAAGUUAAUAAAUACAAUAUCCAAUGUUU